GCUCCCCCACCCAAUCACAUUCCUGUCCUAGCCGACUACGUGGAUACGCGAUCGUUGAAAUCACCGACGCAACAGCCACUUGAUUGUGAAAAAAACCCAUCGAAAUCAACCCCUCGGUGUGACAAGUGAAUGCGACAAGUGAAAAACAACACGCCGACUUCGAUACGGGCGCGAAAAACACUGAUGGUGUGUGGCGUUGUGGAAUUAAGGUGUGGAAAAGCCAUUUAUUGAAUGAUCGGACCGAGAGGGCCCUCCGAAAUGACGGAAUCGACUCCGAUCUGUCGAUGCCGGGUCCUCUACUUGGGCAGUUCGGUCCCCCAACAGACCAAAGACGGUCUCCAGGGCAUCCAAGAGCCCCUUCAGGAGCUCUACCCCGACCAGGGGGCCACCGGGGCUCGAGGCAUCGACAGCUGGUUGAGCGUCUGGUCCAACGGCAUUCUCCUCGAGAACGUCGACGAAAAUCACAAGAAAAUCACACGAUUCUUCCCCAUCGAAAGUCUCCACUAUUGUGCAGCUGUAAGAUAUGUUCUAGUCCCUGAGAAAAACACGCUGCACAGUCCCAGCCCUCGGUUCCUCCCUCUCGACUCGCCAUUCGCCCGUGCCCCUAACCCCACCCACCCCCCUCUCUUCGCCGCCAUAUUACGAAGAACCACUGGAAUCAAAGUACUUGAAUGCCACGCCUUUAUCUGCAAACGCGAAGUGGCAGCCAAUGCGCUCGUCCGUUGCUGUUUCCACGCCUACGCUGACUCCUCCUACGCCAAGCAAGUUGACACGGCUGGUAGUAUAUACGGUACUCUAGCCUCAGACCGACUGUCCAACAAAGACAAAGUAGAGGAAUGGAAGAUGACCCGCUCGACAUCCGGGUCAACCAUGACCAUCAACACCAUCGGUAACGGCAAAGAUGACGUCAGUAUUUACAACGGUGACGAAAACCACAAAGUGUGGGCGGGGUCUCAGGACAACCUUGACACAAUCUACGACGUUUACGCCUCCUCGACCAUCUCCCGCCCCUCACGCCCCCGCCAGAUCACCCAACCGGUGGCCGUCCCGCCCCCGCCCAUCAAAGAGAAGAAGAAAAAAUCGAAAAAGUCCCUCAGUCGUGAAGACCUCUACCCGCCUCUCACCAACGGCAAGGCCAAUAGCGUGGCCGGCACGAUGAUCAAGCCACGCCCACAACCACCGCCCCAACCAGUUUACAUCGUCGCCCAUCCUCAAACCCUCCCCAAUCCGAAAUUCUUCAAACACCAUGGCAACACAUUCUCGCACCGCCCACGAGGCAAAAUGCUCAUCCCCGCCCGGCCCAUCCCCCCACCCCUUGUUCCCGUCGCCCCGGUCAUUAUCCCCACCACUAUUCCUAAAAAACAAAAAAAGGCGAAACAUGCCAUGGAAGAACCGAUUUAUAUGCCGAGUAACCGGGCGUUAUCACCGGUUGCAAGUUACCAACCGGUUAAUUUCCCACACGAGGCCUACUUGAUGCAGCAUUACGCCACGAUGGAGUCGCAGGGGAAGCAAAAGAGGAGGGACAAGGGCAAGUUGAAUAAAAAAUUAGCGCAAAGUAUGAACGGAUUGGAUGAUCCGAACUUAAUGAUGGGCGGGACGGGACCGCCCCCAGGGGCGGCCGCAGGCGAUGAGAGUCCGUUCAAUACGGGGAUUUACAGGAAAAAGGGACAUUUGAAUGAGAGGGCGUUCUCGUAUUCAAUCAGGCAGGAGCACAGGAGUCGCAGCUACGGCUCAUUGGCCAAUCUCAAGUUCGCCACGCCCAUUCCCAACGGAGAUGUGGAAGACCGCGAAGACAUGAAGAAAGAGCGCGAGAUCAUGCAGAUGGUGCAGGACUUGGACCUCUCUGGCGACGAGUUGGAGCGCUCGGAGGUGCCCCGUACCAUGUACGAAGCCCGAGGGGGCCCCCCGGGGCCGGUGAUUGUGGCGGCGCCCCAAAUGAAUGGUCGCGGCCACCGCAGAUAGGUUUGCUCAAUUGUUUAAAUAAUUCUCUAUUUAAAUAAGAUAACCGGUUAAGGUGGGUUUAAAAUAAUUCAGUUGUAUUCUUUGCAUCACAGUUCGCUUAGACUGGCCCUAAUUUACCAAAUAUUUAUUGUAUAACCUGUAAAUAUUAGUCGAUUUGCAGUAUUUAAACGGUCCACAAUAUCGAUGUUCUUAGCAAUAAAAUACGUAUUUAGUUUAGUUAAGUGCCAUUUAAUGAUUCGAGUUUUAUCAAUUUUACAUAUUAUUAUAUUUUACAUGAAAGAAAGAAAAGGCAUUUCUGUAACAUAAAUUCUCUAUUUUACGUAAUUUAAGAAUGUAAGUGAAAAAAAUACAUAAGUUGUACACAA